CAGGGGCCAGAGGGGCGGCGUGGUUGGGGGGCACCUUCCCAGGAUGCUGUGCGGUUGGGCCGGAAUGCGGAGCGGGGCUCAGCGGGAGGCAGACCAGACCAGACCGAGGCCGGCGCCGCCAGAGAGAGGUCACUCCGAGGCGGCUGUGGCGGCGGGUCGGCCCAGCUGAGGGCGCCCUUCCGCCGGCCGACCAGAUGGCCUGAGCGCUUGGGCCGGCGGCGGGCGGCGGCAGCAUGAAGCAGCCCAAGGCGGGCCUUCCCUCCCUCGGCGUCUUCGGACCGGCGGAGGCUCAAGCGACGCCGGAGCUGCAGGAUGACCUGGAGGAGCAGGAGGGGACGCCCCCCGCCGCCCUGGUGCCGCCGCCGCCGUCGCCGCUCUUGCUGGAGUGCCCGCUGUGCCUACUGGCCCAGCCCGCCGCGGCCUUCCCCCGGCUCUCCGCCUGCGCCCACCUGGCCUGCCUGGCCUGCCUGCAGCAGUACCUGCGCAUCGAGAUCAGCGAGAGCCGCGUCCAGCUGGCCUGUCCCCACUGCCCGGCCCCCCUCCAGACCGCCGAGAUCCACCGGCUGCUGCUGCCCGAGCCCGCCCUGCGGGACAAGUACGAGGAGUACCUCCUGAGGCGCCACCUGGCGGCGGACCCCAGCACACGCUGGUGCCCGGCCCCCGACUGCAGCUACGCAGUCAUUGCCUGUGGCUGCACUGAAUGUCCCCGGCUUGUCUGUGGCCGCCAGGACUGCCGGAUGGAAUUCUGCUACCGCUGCCGGCAGCCCUGGCACCCAAACUCCUCCUGCGAGCAGGCCUGGCAUGAAUGGAGCCAGCAGGCUCCUCUUGGAGUCAUGGGGCUCUCCAUGCAGCUGAUGGGGAAGGAGGAGAUGACAGCCACUGCUGCCACCCAGGCAGACACGGACACCAUCAAGGCGUGCCCCCGCUGUGGUGCUUUCAUCAUGAAGAUCAAUGAUGGGAGCUGCAACCGCAUGAAUUGCACUGUCUGCGGCUGCCUCUUCUGCUGGCUCUGCCUGCGUGAGAUCACAGAUAUGCACUUCCUCAGCCCCUCUGGCUGCACCUUUUGGGGGAAGAAACCCUGGUCCCGGACCCGGAAGCUCCUGUGGCAGCUGGGCAUGGUGCUGGGCGCCCCAAUGGUGAUCUCGCUGGCUGCUGGGAUAGCAGUGCCAGUCAUCAUGCUGGGGAUCCCCAUCUACAUGGGGAAGAAGGUUUUGAGCCAUGGGCGCAAGAGCAAACUGUCCGGCUGCCAGCAGUGCCUGUCUGUCGCCAGCAGCGUUCUCCUGGCCGUCUUCGUCUCACCGGUCAUCACAGCCAUAACUGUUGGGGUGGGGGUACCUCUGAUGCUCACGUAUGUGUAUGGUGUCGUGGUGCUCUCCCUGUGCCGGAAUCGCUGGGGGUGUGGAGGUGCCAGAAGGAAGGCUGGGGAGCUCAGCACAGUGGAACUGGAGAACCUCGCCAAAUUGAAUGAGCUGCUGGCUGUGUUGCCCACUCCACUGGCGGCCGAGGUGGGGAGCUCUGACACCCUUGCCGUGCCCAGCCAGAGCAGCAGACCCUGUGAGGAGCCCUGGCAGGAGGACAGGGACAGCCCGCCUGGCAGCGCUGGGGCAGGGAGCCCGCUGAGCGAAGCCCGGGCAAUCUCCUGCAGAGAUGGGCUGCACGUGGUGGAAGUGGAGGUGGAGAUCGAAAGUGGGCCGCCGGUCACCUGCAUGCCCAGCCUCUCCAGCGCUCCAUCAGGCCACAGCUUCUCCGCCGAUUCUCUCCCCUACACCAGUGAUGGCUGCAGUUUGGCAGGAGUGGUGACCGAAUAAAGCUGCUUCCCUCGGUAGAUUGGAGGAUCAAUUUAAGAUUGCUGCCUGUUGCAAAGCCCGGCUUGUCUGCACCAUACGCCCGACUUCCCCACUGCUGAUCGUAUCUUUAACCCUCCUAACUUCUUUGACUUCAGGCUCAGAGCUUGGGUGCUUUGAGGCAAUAAAUUUGCAGCUAACAGAGAAAA